AUGUCUAGAAUUAUUCAUGGGGUUGGAUUAUUAACAGCUUGCUCCUGGGACCCUAGAGUUAACGGUCCAUACUUUUUCUCAACUGCAAUCAGCAUUAGCCUGUCCAAUGCUAAGGAUUUCAUUCAAGAUGUGAAAAAACUUGUUGCUUUGCAGCCUAAUGGCUUAUGUGGUGUUGACCUUUAUAUUGGUUUCCUGGCUAGAUAUGUUACUCGUUCAAGUGCUUACUUGGGGAAGGAAGAAGACCCAAUGGCCCCAAGAAUUUAUGAAGAUAUUCUUGAAGAGAUAGAGCAGAUGGCACUGUUUAAAUAUGGAGGAUUGCCUCAUUGGGAUAAAAAUAGGGACUUGGCUUUCCUUAAUGUGAUUAACAAGUACAAGAAUGCUGGAGAGUUUUUGAAGGUCAAAAAACUAUAUGAUCCUCUGGCGUUGUUCUCCAAUGAGUGGUCAGACCAAAUUCUUGGACUGAAAGAUGGAGUUCCCAUAGUAAAGGAGGGUUGUGCACUAGAAGGGUUAUGUAUAUGCUCGGAGGACAGCCAUUGUGCCCCAAAGAAGGGAUACUUUUGCCGACCAGGAAAAGUUUACGAGGAUGCAAGGGUUUGUACUCGGGUUCGUACUCAUUUGUCAUCCUAA